AUGCUGAAGCGGGAGAUCUCCAAGAAGCCCGAGAUCACGCAAGGAGAGCGCGACACCAUCUCGAACAAGCUGCAGGACCGCGUGGCGCGGAGAAAGCUGGAGGAGGAGAAGGAGAAGGAGCACAUCGCGGUGGAGGAGGAAGAGAUGCAGAUCGCCAUCGAAGAGCAGCACGGAGCUAACCCGUUCUACACCUACGCGAAUGAGAAAUGUGGCGGUGCCACAACGGCGGAUUUCGACUUCCAGAUGGACUACCUGCCGAAGGACUGCUUUGCCUUUGGCUUCGUGGAGCCCAUAUCUGUUGAAGGCCAGAAGGGCUUCCUUCAGAUCGACAAGAGGAGCUUCGUGCAGUGCACCAAGAUGCAGCUCCAGCCGAACGGCGGCUCCAGCAACAAACUCAACACCUACGGGCUCACGCUCUCCUUCUGCUGCCCCAGCCUGCCCCAAAGUGAGCCGGGGGGUGGCGCCGUCUCCGCCGCGCGCAUCAACAUCCACUACGCGAUUGCCGACAUCUACUUCGUGUAUGCCGGGAAGGAGAAAGGGGACCAGAAGCAGCACACGCACGAGUUCAAGUUGGAGCCUGGAGAGCACAUCACCGAGAUCCAGACUCGCUAUGGCGUUGGCGAGUUGGGCUUCUGA